AUGUCGACUUCUGGCAAAACCCACAUCCUGGUGUUCCCUUACCCUGCGCAAGGGCACAUGCUCCCAAUUUUAGACCUAACCCACCAGCUAGCCCUCCACGGCCUCUCCAUAACCAUCUUGGUCACCCCCAAAAACCUCCCAACCCUAACCCCUCUCCUCCACACCCACCCCUCGUCCAUCCAAACCGUAGUCCUCCCCUUCCCUCCUCACCCCAAAAUACCCCCCGGCGUUGAGAACAUCAAGGACAUAGGCAACCACGGCAACUUGUAUGUGAUCAACGCCCUAGCCAAUCUCCAGGCCCCGAUUGUCCACUGGUUCAGCUCCCACCCUAACCCACCGGUGGCCCUUCUCUCUGAUUUCUUCCUCGGGUGGACCCUACACCUGGCCCACCAGCUUGGCAUUCCCAGAAUUACCUUUUACUCCUCUGGCGCCUUCUUGGCCUCUGUGCUCCACUACUGCUGGCGUAAUUUGGACAAAAUGCGCUCCUCAUCAGGGAUCGUUCAUUUUCCUGAUCUUCCUAGAUCGCCCUCCUUUAAACAGGACCAGGUGCCCUCUGUGGUCCGCUGCCACAGAGAAUCGGAUCCCGAGUCUGAGCUCCUGAGGAAUUCCAUGCUCGCCAAUACCGAGAGUUGGGGAUGCGUUUUUAACAGCUUUGAGGACUUGGAGGCUGAGUAUUUCGCCCACUUGCGGACUAAAAUGGGCCACUCCCGUGUUUACGCGGUCGGCCCAUUGAGUCUAACAGCGGCCGCGGCUGCUGAUGACAGUAAUUUGGGCCGGGCCAACCCAAACAAGGACUCCGGUGCCAAUGCGAUGACGUGGCUCGACGGGUGCCCCGACGGAUCUGUGCUCUACGUUUGCUUUGGGAGUCAGAAGUUGCCAAAUAGGCAGCAGAUGGAGGCCUUGGCUUCUGGGCUCGAACGUAGCGGGGUUCGGUUUGUGUGGGCCGUGAAAACAGGCUCGGCCCAACAGGUGGAAGAUGGGUAUGGGGUUUUACCAGAUGGAUUUGAGGAAAGGGUUGGCGGGAGGGGCUUGGUCAUAAAGGGUUGGGCCCCACAGGUAUUGAUCCUGGGCCACAAGGCCGUGGGUGGAUUUGUGAGCCACUGUGGGUGGAACUCUGUCCUGGAAGCGAUAGUGGCUGGUGUAUUGAUAUUGGGCUGGCCCAUGGAGGCUGACCAGUUUGUGAAUGCCAAGCUGUUGGCUGAGGACAUGGGUGUGGCUGUGAAGGUGUGCCAAGGCGAUAAUGCAGUGCCGGACCCGGCUGAGUUAGGAAAGGUGAUUGCCGAGUCGAUGACCGGGGAGACACCGGAGAAGUUGAGAGCGAAGGAACUGAGGGACAAGGCAUUUGCGGCCGUGGGAAGUGGCGGGAGCUCUUCAAAGCAUUUGGAUGAGCUUGUCAAAGAAUUGGACCAAGUUAAAGUGGGCCGAAAGUGA